CGAUGAAAAAACUUCGAAGCCUUCGAGCGGUACGGUCUUCUGAGGCUGUUGAAGGCCCAAAGUGUGGUUGCAGUGAUGGUGCUGGUAAAUCCUAACAGCACAUUACUCACAAGAAACUCUAUAGGAUUACGGUGAGAGAGCGAAUAAUCUGAUCAGGAAAGUGUCUGUUUGGGAGUUUGCUGUUUCUUUUUUGGACCGAGGCGCUAAAUGCAUUUAGUAAAAAGAGGCUGCAGUCCGCUCCAGCUGUGGCUUUUUGGCUCUUGUGUCUCCACAUUAUUGAUUUGCAGAGAGGAGUGCUGCUGUUGCUGCGGCCCAAUAGGCUCCUGAGACAGACAGAGUGAGAGAGAAAGAGACAGAGAGAGAGAGAGAGAGGGAGACAGGGGCAGAUGAAGGGAUGAGAUUGGUGUAACUUUUGGAUGACCCCUUCAUGACAAAGACACUGUCCAUCAAUGGUCCCCAGUCAUUAUUUCACCGCUUUUAUGCCAAGGGGCUUUUUGUACCUUUUGUUGGUCCCUCCGUUGAACACCCUGCUUUCAAGAGACUUUUCUAUCUUUAUAUAUCUGCUUGGAUAAAAGAUGCAAUGAUUAAAAAAAAUGUUUUCACAAUGUUUAUCUUCUCAUAAUAAUGCAUCUUUUUUUAAAUCAGUGUUUUGCGCGCAGGUUUAACUUUUAGUGUGUUUUUUUUCUUCUUCUUCUUCUUCACAUCGUGCAGCAGAUUUAGUUUGUUUAUUCUCAUGAGUCUUAUCUAGGUGUGUCUUCAUUUAGGCAAACACACGUUUAGUUGUAUGUUUACUCGCGCUUGGACCCGCAUCACCUCCAUUGGCCGCUCUGGUCACAUGGUUCGCUAACUUUAUUCAGUUGACACCAAGUAGGAGGGCUCUAUGGAGGAGAGGAAAAAAAGACAACUCGAGAAAAAUUAGUAUUUUCUACCUUCAGAAAUUAAUGGCCAUGAGUUCGUAUAUGGUGAACUCUAAGUAUGUGGAUCCCAAAUUUCCUCCCUGCGAGGAAUACUCGCAGAAUAACUACAUACCUGAGCAGGGCUCGGACUUCUACAGCCCGGCGCAGGACGCGGACUUCCAGCACCCAGGGAUCCUCUACCCGCGGUCAAGCUACACGGAGCAGCCGUUCAGCUGCAGCACCGUGCCGGACUCCGCGGUGCCGCCGCGGGGUCACGCCGGCCACACGGCCCACUUUGGCGCACAGACUGAGCAAGGGCCCCCGGUCCAAGCGGCCGGACCUCGGACUUGUGGGCAGCAGCAAAACGCAAAGAGUCAAAAUGGGAUCCAAGCCAAGCAACCUGCAGUAGUUUACCCCUGGAUGAAGAAAGUUCACGUAACUACUGUGAACCCGGACUACACGGGAUCAGAGCCCAAGCGCUCCAGAACCGCGUAUACCCGGCAGCAGGUCCUGGAGCUGGAGAAGGAAUUCCACUUUAACCGGUACCUGACCAGGCGGCGGCGGAUCGAGAUCGCGCACACGCUCUGUCUGUCCGAGAGGCAGAUCAAAAUCUGGUUCCAGAACAGGCGGAUGAAGUGGAAGAAGGACCACAAGCUGCCCAACACCAAAGGCAGAUCCGCACCGGCCUCCGGCCAUCUGCAGAACAUUCAGAAGGACAACCAGACUGAUAUAACAGCGCUAUAAAGGACACAGGAGGCGGUUUCAGGACGAAUAUUUGUACAUAAACGAAGACAAAGGCUGCAUUUUGACUUUUGCAUGGACUGAUGUCGUUUGAGCAUUUUUUUUUUAUUUAACAAAAACGAUCCCAGCAAUUGUGACUCAAGACUGAGUCAGAAAAUCAAUCAUUUUUCUAUUAAUGAAACGUUUGAAGCUUGUUUUAUUUUUAUUUUCAAUUAAUUUCCUCACACAGUCAGAAUGUUUUUUUCUUUCCUGAGCCUUUUAUUAUUUCCAUUUAAAAAACGCUUAAUUUCACGGAUUUAAACCAAUAAUUUCCCAGCACGUCAGUUUUAAGCUUUCGUAUAGUUUGAUUAUGUUUUAGAGCAACAAUGAGACAAUUUGCUUCAAAACUCCAAACGUUUUUUGUUUUCUUUAUAUCCAUUAAACCGCACAACAGAGGUACUUGAAGGAAGCGUUAUUUUUGCAUAAACACUCAUCGACCUUUCUUUGCAAAAAAAAAAGAAAAAAAAAACUUUUUCUUUUCGUAACUUGUUUGUUUAACUUAUUUUGUACAAAAUGUUCGUAGCUCGUAUAUUAUUCCCAGACCUAAGACAUUCCUGCGUGCAGAGGAUUCCGAGUGCCCUUAUAAAUCUCUCCUGACACCUUUGUAAACAGUGUACAUUUUCAGAAAACUCUCUCUCACAUGAAAGAUCAGUUGUUCUUGCAUGGCACCAAAUGUUUUUUUGUUUUUUUUUGUUUUCGUUUUUGAGCAUAUUCCCAAAUCCUGCAUAUUUAGGAAUAUAUAUAUUUUUUCCUUGAUAAUUCCUUAUUUAUUUGAUGAAAUAAAUGUACAUUUUCGCAUAGCACACACUUUAAUUAAAAACAUUCGUUCCACAUUGUUUUUCCAAUUAAAUAGAUUCGAUCCUUGUGCAUUUUAGCAUGGCUUUAUACAAAGUUGUAGCCUUUGUUACAACAUGGAGAUCUUUUUUUUUUUAAAGAAAAAACCACGCCAACCAAGUGAAGGGAGGAAGGGAAGGCUUUCAGGUCACGUAUCCAGGCAGACAUUUCUUGUUUGAGACCGUCAUUGUCCUCGGACAACAACGAGAAGAAGAAAACAGGCCCAGAAGUUUUCCCCAGUAUGAGGAGGUCGCUUUUCUGAAGUCCUCCCGAACAGAGAGCUGAAAAGGUAUUUCAGCCGAAGAUCGACAAAAGCAGCAGAGGCAGGUUCAUCCAGAGGACACAUUUCAGCCGCAAGGACUGACCCCAGCACCCCCUGACCCGCCGGACAGGCAGCAUUUUCUCUCCCAGGCGCUAUUUUAGUUUGGAGGGGGAAAAAGGCUUUUGGACUGUUUCAAACAAAGCUAAAGCUCAUUCACAGUAAAGGGCCAAUGGAUUCCGCAGUUUUACAUGUGUUUUAACAGUAUUUAUACCCCCCCCCCUCUCUCUUCUCCUCGAAGAGGCUCUGAGUUGUAUUUGUCUUCCUGCAUUUGUCAAUAUGCAAUUUUGCCCUCAAUUUUUAUUUUUGUAAAUGCUUUUUACCUUGUACGGUGCUUUAAGAUGUGAGAAGUAUAUUAAAAAUAAAGAUUUUUACUGAA